GACAGGCCACGGAAGCGCCUCCCACGAGGAGGUACAGUGCGGCGAUAUGGACCGAGCUCGCAUUGCAGCCUCUGUGCAACCUUGGCAGCUGCUGUAGAAAAUGUUCAAGUAAAGUAUGCUAUUUUACCGCUGGAGACUUGUUCUGGAAGUAAGCGUUUCUGCUCUCGUCUUCAACCCCGCGUUCGCGUGAUCAAGCGCUUUUUUUCGAACCUGGCUGGCAGUCUCUAGUAACGUCUCUCUCUCUCUUCCGUCUUCUCUGGGACUAUAUAAAGGCCAGUGGAAUUAUUAUUGCCACACACAUAUAUAAUUGAGGACUCAACAGAGCGACUAAUUUUGAAGCUGUUGAGGAUAGCCUACAUUAUAUUUGGAACUGCGGCUGGUUAGGACGCUCUCAUGAGGAGGAUCAGUCAAAUGGAAAUGUGAAAGUUGUGACUCUUCCAAUGGAUUCCAAAAGGGGCGUACAUAUGCAACAGACAGACGUUGGGCAAUAGAUUCGUUCAUACGUGCGCUCUCUGCAGAGCUUACACACUGCAAACCCAACAGUUCGUUUGGAGCGUGCAUGGAACGCAAGUGCAUGUGUGGGGACAGCGUUAUCAAUGAAAAUUGUAACAUGGCAUUUUCUUGAUUUCAGUCACAGGUGAAUAUUGUACAAUUUGGGUUGAGGUGCGCUACUUUUACUUUCUGUGCUGGGACAUCUAUAUACACGUGUAGCUGGUUACAAUGUUGGUCUCCGACGUCUCUGAUCUGCCGGUGCCACGGAGUUGAGUAUGAUCUUUAGAAAAUGAGUUAUUGAAUUACAUUUCCUGUCAGGAUUGUUGGUGCACCGUUUCUUAUCGUAAUGGCAAACGAGAACUCAUACGACAGCCGCAGUAUUGUAGAGAUCUAUAUUCACCACAAGCUGCUUAAGAAGGGAUAUGUGUGGGAUCGCCAGUCAGAGGACAUCUCUCCUCCCGUUAACGACUUUGAAGACGCCCCUGCUGCGUUCUCGCGGCGGCCGCGGCCAGUCCUCACCGAUGAAGAAGACAAUGCCCCACCGUUUCCAAACCGUAUCCCGGAACCGGACCCUGGCGACAGGCUGCACCGGGUGUUGCGCGAAGCGGGGGACGAGAUCGAGAGGAUGUACCAGCGGGACUUUGCGGAGAUGUCCGGGCAACUACACUUUACACCGAGCACUGCUGAGCCAAGAUUCGUCGCUGUGAGCGAGGAACUGUUCCGAGACGGGGUCAACUGGGGGCGGAUUGUGGCCUUUUUUGAGUUCGGCGGGACUAUGUGCGUAGAGAGCGUCAACCGGGAGAUGACGUCGCAGGUGGACAACAUCGCGCGCUGGAUGACGGAGUAUUUGAACGGACCCCUGCAGGCGUGGAUCCAAGAGAACGGGGGUUGGGAUGCGUUUGUGGAGCUCUAUGGUCAGCAGAGGGACUCUGGGUUCCAGUCCUGGCCCUACCUGAGGACUGUGUUUGGGCUGGCAGCACUGGGGGCCGCGGGGGUCACCCUUGGAGCCCUGUUCACACAGAAGUGAUCCAGCAACACAGAACUCCUAGAAGAGAGGCCAACAGGACCUUUAUAAGAUCUUCAGUCCCAGUUCCACCUCCAGCUCUAGACACCUACCCAGCUCCAGACCCACUCCCAGAUCCAAACAUGGCCCCAAACCAGCGCUAGACCCAGACCAGCGCCAGACCCAGCCUUCUAAAAGAGUCUGCCCUGAGUCUCUUCUGGAACUACCAGAAGAGCAUGUUAUUCUCCAGAACGGAACUACACAUCCUUUCUGAGAAUGGAUGGAGAGAGAAAUGGAUGGAGGGAAAGAAAAAAAGCAGCAGACUAACACACACACUCCUUUUCAACAACAGAAGACUUUACAAUUUGUACUCUCACA